AUGAAUCAUAGAAAAGGUGAUGUCUCUAAUGAUCUUUCAAACGAGCUUUCUUCUGACGAUGAUCAGGUUGUAGGUUGUGCACCCAAUGAAACCCCAGCUUCUAAUCUUCCCGCCCCGCCCAUACCUCGGUGUGUGCAAGUGGCGCGAGCAAUAGCUAGCUGGGCUGGUGUUGACUGCUACCCGAUCAUUAAUCCUCUUUCCCAUGUGGAUAACUUUAUCCGUAUGUUCAAGCUCCUUUCCAUUGCUAACCCGCGAAUGUUAGUUUCUGCCCAUCGUCUUAUGUUAGACAAGCCUUCCUCCUUCAGCCUAUCCGAGGCAGUCGAACCAGCUUUACGAGUUGGUCUGGCGCCUUUUCCCCAUAAUAGUGAAAUUGAGCGUAAUCUGAAUGUUUACUUCUGCCUGGUUAUCUGCCGGGAAAUCCUUGGUUAUUACGUCACCUUCACUAGAAAUGAGCGAAUCCACCUUUACUUUGACUACUUUAAUAUCUACGAAAUGAUCCAAAUUAAGGCGCAGGACAAUGUAUCGGAUAUGAAGGCCGAAAAUUUCGAAAAACACAUGAAGGACUUGUUUGGACUGAACAAAGCUGAUGUUGAAAUCUCAGCUUUGGAGUUCUUUAGGAAGGCCGAUCGUGCGUCUUUAGGUGAGAAACCUUUUCCCCCUACUUUUGGCUUCAUUAGCUCGACUGGAGAUCUUACCCAUAAAGCGCUUCAUGACCAGUUUAACUACUUUAAUGCAGUGGCAAUGUCUAAGUGUGUAACGGAGAAGAUGGACGAUCCUACGGCUUGGUCUGUAGCUCGAGAACUCUACUUGCGGGUGCUUCGGCCUGGGGCUCAGCGGCCUCGGAAUCUAGGCGAGGUUGAGUUCAUCUUUGCGUUGGACUUGGCCUGUCGGGAGUGGGCUUCUACGCUUUUGAAUGGAGACUGGAUGGUAGGUGAUCUUAAGUUGCUGCGGAAUGACUGGAUGGAGAUUGUGGCUGCUGACCAAGUGGCUAGGAGAAGGGAUGGUGCUAAGGCGGUGUGGCGGCCUACGAUGCAUGAGUUGUUGGUGCUGAUUGGCAAGUAUAGGUUUAUAGCUAUGCUGGAUGUGCUGUCUGCUCAUGCUGUGGCCAUAGUUGGCUCACAGCGAAUGGCAGUGUUCAGUCACCUAAAGACUGUGUUGGUAGGUCGGCAGAACGAGAUCCUGGAACGUAGACAGCUAAAUAUGCGCGAGCAAGGCCCUAGCACGAAAGAGACGCUACUGAACCAGAUGAUGGUGAGGGAGUUGAUUGAAAAGGCAAAGGCAGCUUCAUACUUGGCUAACUCUGUUCCUAAGUCUCUAGGCAAUACAGGUUUUGGGGGUGGUAUACCUGGGCAGGACCUUACUUCCCGCAUAGAGCUUUACCAAUCUGCAAGAGGUGUGGACUGCACGGAUACCGGGCUAACCAAUGUGAUUGAGAAGUGUGUUGGUCUUUGGGAGACAGUUCUAGCUGAGACGGAUGGGCAAGAAGUUGUUCUUGAUGAGGGUGCUGAGAGUGAAGAUGGUGAGGGUGUGGAUGGUGCGAGUGUGGAUGGUGAGCAAGCCAAGAAGGAUGAGGAGGUGAAGGGUGAGAAGGUGAAGAAAGGGGAGGUGAAGAGUGAGAAGGUGAAGAAGGAAGAGUUUAAGGUGGAUAUGAAUGCAAAGGCUGCAAAGCCCGUGCAGAGUACAAUUGUUACGCAUCCAAGGCCUGAGACUAGCCAGCCCUCAACUAUUCUAGCUAACUCUAAUGAAUCAAUUGCCCCUCUUUCCAACCAGGCUAAUCCAUCCACGAAUCAGACAAAUAGUUUAUCACCUGCACAAAUAAGCGCGAAGCCAAAAUGCACUAUGCCAGCAGGUGGGGUGGGAUCUAUUGCCAAGGAACUUAUUUGCUCUGAUGCGCGUUGUUUGUACAAUCAAGUUAAUUUGAUUGACAACCAUCUGAUUAUCAACCCAAUGCCAACUGAUCGACCUGAGACUCAUUUAGAAGUAACAAGAAACUUCUUUGGCGGUCUUAAGUUUGCCUGUGCGUAUGCUCAAGGCCUUCCUAAGGAGGCGCAAUACAUAUGCCAAGGUGGUGGUAGCAGUGGUCCCUGGAUAAAAGGUCUAUUUGAUCCUAAGUUUAGUGCAGCAAUUGGCGCUAGUCCUGAGCGAGUUAAUCGAUCCAAUCUGUUUACGGAGGCACAUGAACGUAUAUUCUAUGCCAUUCCCGGGAACAGGGUUCGGAAUCUUGAGGAAACUGCUACAGAAAAAGCCCGUGCUGUCAUUGACUAUCUGAAAACGCGUGCAAUCAUUGGCCACAUGAUGGUGGCCCGAGCCAAGAAGAGAAAGGAGUUGGAGCUAGCUCAGGCAAAGCCUCCUAAAACAGUGGUGCAGCAAGUCUUUUCCAAGAUUAGCAAGUUUACUCGGAAGUUGUUUAACUGCAAGGCCAAAGCUGUUAAUAUCCAGACUGAGAUGAUGGCUUGGGAGGAAGAGUACGCGGCAGAGCUGAAGAAGAAGGUGGUUCUAAUCAAGUAUCCAACAGUAGGUGUUGCUCCUGGGUUCUUAAAUGUAGCUCGUGCUCUUUCAGAAGUCUUAGAUGCUAGUACUGGUGGUGUGUUCCGCAUCAAGCCUCCUAUGAAUAUUGAUGUGAAGCAACUUUAUAUUGACUACAUUGAGGAAGCAAAGCCCAUUGACUUAGCUAAGCUCCGGAAGAACCCCGACGAGAUGGUUGGGCUCGCCGCUGUGUUUAACCGGUAUAUUCGCGAGUUUAAUGGGGGAGUAAUUUCUCAUGACUUAUACAUGUCGCUUCGUUGGAACACGUGCAAUGCCAAUACUACAACCAUUGACUAUUCACUAGGCCAGAUUAUACUUAGUGCUCUUGACCCGAAUACUCUUUGGCUACUUAAGCAUGUGGUCUACACCAUUGAGAAAGCUGCAGCCCAAGAGAAAGCCAAUCGCCUAUCAUACAAUAGCUUAAUCAAUCUUGUUUCCAUUAAUCUGUUCGCUCAAGACAUUCCUGCUAGCAUGGAGUUCCUUCAGGAAUCCAUUGAAAUGACGCACUCUUUGUUUGCAGCAGUCAGAAAUAUCUCUUUCAUUGAGAGACCCUCCUUCAUUCCUUAA